GUUUUGCUGCCCUUCGUUCUACGGAAACAAUCGGACGAGUCAGGCGAGCUUGACUUCAUCCGCAAGUUCUAAUCGUUCGUUUCCCCAUGGAGACUCGUCCAGACAACUUCAUCUCGUGAUGCCCCGGAUGUGGGGACCAAGUUUGCUUUUACCCCAGCCCCCGGAUCUUCUCCGCAUCCCAUCAUCCGACUUGCCAAACCCCUGUCUUUGUCUCGAUAGUUCCCAAGUCCUCUUCGGCAGGCAGAGCCUUUGCGUCCCAAGCGUACGGUUCUGCUAACAUUGUCGUGUGUAGGUGUGAAGGGCUAGCUUCCCGCGCCAAUGGUAAUAUCGCUCCAUCGGAAUUCUUCUUCUUCUAAGCCCAUAUGCCGACUUCGUAACGCCGUCACCUAGCAAGACUCCUUGAGACCAAUCCAACGAGCAAAACCUGGCAGAGUCUCCAAGCGUUCCAGGAAGGUUGUUGACAUCGUUCCACCUCGGCAGGACAAUUUGACCACGCGCAUAUAAGGACACGCAAGAUCCCAGCUAUCUGGUCUCGGUUGUCAACUCAGAAGUCCAUCUCCACUACUGAGCCAACCUUGCCACCCUUCUCCCGGCUGAGUUCUUUUCAACGUCUCCGUUCUUCUACAAUACUACUUGCCACGAUGAACUUCCUCCGCCAACGCCUCCCUGCCCCGAGGCAAGACCAGCAAGCCCGACGAGCUCGCCAGCAAGGCGGACCGGCGGCCGCGAGCGAGAGCUACCAACCCUCUCGCAUAGCGCAACUCGCCCAGGAGUCUCCCAUCUGGUACAAAUCUGCCGCCCGCCGAAAACUCUACUUCCUCCUCUUUCCCGCCGCCGUUGUAUCGUACGCCACGAGCGGAUACGAUGGUUCGAUGAUGAACUCCCUCCAGACCGUGUCCUACUUUGAUGACUUCUUCGACAACCCGCGCGGCGCGGUCCUUGGCUUGAUGAGUGCCAUCAUGGCUCUGGGGAGCAUCUGUUCCACGCCCAUUGCUCCCUGGGUCGCUGACAAGUUUGGACGACGAUGGGGCAUCACGACGGGAAGUUGCAUCAUGAUCAUUGGUGCGAUCUUGCAGUGCGAGAGUACUGCCUUUGCCAUGUUUGUGGUAAGCAGAUUUAUCCUCGGAUUCGGUCUUUCUUUUGCAACGACUUCGGCGCCGAGCUUGGUUAGUGAACUUUCGCAUCCCAAGGAUCGCGUCACCAUUACAGCUAUCUGCAAUACCUGUUGGUAUGUCGGUAGUAUCGCGGCAGCCUGGAUCACCUUUGGCACUCGAAACAUCCCUAGCACCUGGUCUUGGCGGAUCCCGUCUCUGCUACAGAUGGCACCUAGUGUGGUACAGCUCGCAGCCAUCUGGUUUGUUCCAGAGUCCCCGCGGUGGCUUAUCUCACAUGAUCGUGGGGACGAGGCCAUGGAGGCUCUGAAACAAUACCACGGCGAAGGCGAGGAGACGGAACUAGUUAGACUGGAGUUUGAGGAGAUCAGGGCCGCCAUUGACAAUGAGAAGAGACUUGGAAGCACUACCUGGGCAUCAAUGGUCAAGACCAAGGGCAACCGAUACCGCAUGUUCCUUGUCAUCUGCAUGGGUUUCUUCUCACAGUGGUCUGGUAACGGACUGAUUGCUUACUACCUUUCGCGAAUCAUGGAUACCGUCGGCAUCACAAAUAAGAACACCCAGGCUCUUGUCAAUGGCCUACUCAAUAUCUGGAACUUUGGCCUUGCCCUGACAACUGCAUUCUUUGUCGAACGUAUCGGCCGCCGCCCCCUCUUCCGCAUCUCAACCUGCGGUAUGCUCGUAGUCUUCAUCGGUUGGACCAUCGCCUCAGCCCGCUUCGCCGAGACCAGUGCCAGCUCCGCCGGCAUCGCCGUCAUGGCCCUCAUCUUCAUCUACCAAGUCUUCUAUUGCAUCGCCUUCUCACCGUUGCCGGUCGCUUACUCCGUCGAAGUCUUGCCGUACUCCAUCCGCGCCAAGGGCAUGGCAACAUACGUUUUCUCGACCAAGGCAGCCGUCUUCGUCAACCAAUAUGUCAACCCGAUUGGAAUUCAGAACAUUGGAUGGCGAUUCUAUAUCGUCUAUGUUGCUAUCUUGGCUGUAGAGGCUUGCAUCGCUUAUGGAUGGUUCCUGGAGACUAAGGGCAAAGCUUUGGAGGAAAUUGCUGUCAUCUUUGAUGGCGAAGAAGCGAACCAAUGGGCACGAUCACAAUGUUUACGGGUCGGACCUUGGCCAUCUCCAUCCAACUGA